AUGGUCAGAAGUCUGGCCGCUGCCGCCAUCGUGGUGAACGGGCACAAAGGCUCGCUCCUCGUCCAGGGAGAACCCGCCGUCCUUCUCCGCGUAGGCGCUUCGCGUUUCGGCGUCGCGCGCUCCCCUUUUCCUGGCCGUUGCCUAGGAGAUGAGAAGCGGGUGAGCGGCCUCGCGAGGAGGGCUUUCGGAGCGCGCGCGCGGGCGGCGGGAGUCAGCCCGGACGGACAGCCGCGCUGUGAGGCGCGCGCCCCUUCCUUGUCGCGUGCCGAAGGCGUCCCUUCGCCUGCGGUGGGGAUCCGCUUCCUCAGCCUGAACGGGAGUCGCUGCCGAGCGGUGGAAGGACGAGCUCUGCAGUUUGAAAACAGCAAAAGCAGAUGUUCACCAUUGGGAAGUAGAACACUUUAUUUUGAUACCCACGCCUUUGUGUGCCUCUUGGAAGAAAAUGGAUUCACCACUCAGCAAUCUGAGAUCAUUGUGUCUGCUUUAAUGAACAUUAUGAAGAGCAAUAUGGAUAUGAUACACAAAGACAUGGUCACCAAAAUGCAACAGGAAAUUGCUGUUCAGCAGAUAAUGUCUCAUAUUGGUGUUGUAAAAAAGGAUAUGAUUAUUUUGGAAAAGAGUGAAUUUUCAGCACUCCGAGCAGAAAAUGAGGAUGAAACUUCCAAAGUGCGAACAGAUAGCAAGCUAGAUUUCAAUCUAGAAAAAAGCAGAGUAAAAGAAUUGUAUUCACUUAACGAUAGAAAAGUGUUGAAAAUGAGAACAGAAAUAGUGGAAUUGCAUGCCCAGCAAGAUCGAGCUUUAACACAGACUUAUAGGAAAAUAGAUACUGAAGUUGCAGGUCUGAAAACAAUGCUUGAAUCACACAAACUUGACAACAUCAAAUAUUUAGCUGGUUCAGUAUUUACGUGCCUUACAGUAGCACUCGGAUUUUACCGUUUAUGGAUAUAAUGAAACAUUAUUUUCAAGGAUUGUAUUAGCUUGCCGUAAGAAAUAACAUGUUAUUUCCAUCUGAAAUAAUUUAUUUGUUGCACUGAAGAAUGUAAUCAAAGAAUUACAUAUGGGCUCCUAAAAACUGUAUGGGUAUCAAAAUAUUGAAAGAAACCUUGCCUGUGUUAUGGGCAUCCAUAUUUUGCACAGAAUAUCUCCACUCAGAACUGAAUGUUUAUAUGUCUCCAGGAUAUUAUGAUUCUAAAAAGGUAGCUUUUAGAAUACCUACUUCAUGUAUCAAAUGCAAGUUUUAAGUUAGAAGAUUAGUGGUAUAACAACAAGCAUUAAUACUAAGUGAGAGGAGAUAAAAUAAUCCAAUUGCCUUUAUUUAUCAUGUUUCUUCAGAACUAGAAAUUCUUGAAUUAUGUCAUGGUUUACUUCCUUUGUAUUGAUAAACAGGAUUCUAAAGAUUUCUUGUUGAUGUAUUUAAUGGAUGUUUCCAUUGUCAUCUAUUGUUAAUAAAUCUCUGUCCAACUAAA